AUGGCUUUGAAUGUGCUCUCCGCUGAUAACCCUCAGCCCGACCAGAGAGUAAACUCCUCAAAUCUUCGUUCAGACAAUUCUGCCCGAAAAAAUCCAGGAAAUGAAAGUCUUGUUGGUACCGCUGGUCGAGCAGCUGUACAGGCAUCUUCACCUUUGAUAGAUCUGCUCUCUGUUGACGGAGUCGAUCUGGCGGCCGGCUAUCAAAUGACUGUAUCCCGAGGACAUGCAAGCGCCUCACUCCUAACCAAGCCUUAUCUGACAACUUCAAUCGGAUUACUCAUAAGUAGACGAGAGUAUCAGGCCUCGGGAUUCACUUCGUUGACGACCUUCCUGGCCCCAUUCGACUGGACCAUGUGGCUGGCCAUCUUCUUCACCAUUCAGGUACCGUCAAAAUGA